AUGUCUUCUACGACCCAUAAUCCUAUAGUUCUUUUAAAGCGGAUUUUUUCUCUUAAGGAACAAUCCAGUAUGGUGCUGUGCACUGAUACUAUUGGCCAAAGUAGUGAAUAUCUGAUUGAAGAAUUCGUCUUCAACAUUAAGGAAAGCGAUAUACCAAUUGUGUACCUUGCAUUUGAGCAUUUGACAAAGCCUGCUUAUGCAUCACAGUUUAUUGAUUGUACAGGUUUGAACGUGAAGCAAAUUAUAGAUGUAUUUCAUAAGUUUUUACCGAAAUGCGAACAAGACCAGGCGGGGAAGAGAUGCCUUGUGAUUGUUGAUUCGAUUAACUAUAUUCCGAAAGAGUUGCUAAUUGAAUUUGUGUGUGCGAUUGCGUCUAACCAUGUGACCUUAGUUGUGACAUACCAUAAGUCGAUGCCAAGUUAUAGGGAUCCUUCUUUGCAGCAUUACCCAGGACCUUUGCAACUUCUUCAAUUCAUUGCCAACACAAUUUUAGAUACUGAACCGGCGUGUAAGAGCAUUGAUCAGGAAUAUCUGGAGUCAGAGUUACACAAAUUUGUGAUUCCUCGGAAUUUGAAUUCACAUGUGUAUAACUUGACUUUGAGGAAUCGUCGAAGAUCUGGAAGGACGUUGAGUUAUAGCUUUCAAAUCAACAACCAAACCCACGAUUAUAGGUUGCUAUCCGAUCAUAAGGACCAUGAAGAUGACUCUGAGGAUGUAUUACUACGAGUUAAUGGAUUAACAACUUUUAAUCUGGGUACAACAAAGAGGCAAAGGCUGGCAAAAGAGCAAGUUGACCUACCCUUUCUGGAGGCCCAAUCUUUCAACAGUGGUGGUGCUAUAGUCUACGAGUUUGAGAAAGACGAUGACUACGAUGAGGAAGAUCCCUACGAAGACCCUUUUUAG